GGUGCCUCUGGGUGGAUUCUAACUGACACUCCUUGGGUUAGUAGUUGAGUGCUUAACUGUUUGUGCCACCCAGGGACUCCGUACUUUAGAUCCCUAAAUGAAUUUUGGAAAUGUUGGCUUAUAUGAACUUCAACAGGUUUCUUUGCUUGUCUGUAUGUGUUUUUUUAAUAUCAGCCCUCUUAGCAUUCAAUGUGUGAGAAUCUCUGUUUGGAAUAUAGUGCCCAGACUUUCCCAAACUGAGUUGACCGCAGAAUCCUAACUUCAAGGAAUCUGAGAAAAGCGCCCCAUCAAAGGUGUGUUUUAACUCUAAAGAGGUUUUUUUUUUAAUUCGUUUUUGUUUUUAAUCACUUUUUCCACCUCUUCUGUCAACAGAAGUGAUGCCACCAAAAAGGAAUGACAAAUACAAGCUUCCUGUUCCACUUCCAGAAGGCAUGGUUCUGGGUGAUACAGAAGGAAAACAGUGGAUGCUGGGCAAGAUGAUCGGCUCUGGAGGAUUUGGGUUGAUAUAUUUAGCGUUCCCCACAAAUAAACCAGAUGAAGAUGCAAGGCAUGUAAUAAAAGUGGAAUAUCAAGAAAAUGGUCCAUUAUUUUCAGAACUUAAAUUUUAUCAAAGAGCUGCAAAAAAAGACUGUAUCAAAAGGUGGGUAGCACUCAAGCAACUUGAUUAUUUAGGAAUUCCUCAGUUUUAUGGAUCUGGUCUGACUACAUUCAAAGGAAGAAGUUACAGAUUUAUGGUGAUGGAAAGACUAGGAAUAGAUUUACAGAAGAUCUCAGACCACAACGGCACUUUUGAAAAGUCGACUGUCCUGCAGCUAGGUAUCCGGAUGGUAAGGAGGAAUGGUUUGUUUCACAUGCUCCACUUCCAGAUUAUUUACUCGUUAAGAUACACAAAUCUUUGCCCUUUGUGGAAUUAUCAGAGAAUGAAGGGUCAUUGCCCAGAAAUGUCAGUUAUUGCGAGUAGAGGCUAUUUUGGUGAAAUUGAUAACGGUGGGCUGUGUGAGUGCCCGAAGGUCCGGCCGGAAACCACCGUCAGCAGUGGAGAAAAGCACUUGGCGUCUCCCCUCAAGGGGAGGGGAGAAGAGCUGAAGAUAAGAGCCCUUGCCCUGCAGAUCACUGCAGAGUGUUAUCACCGGGUGCUCUUUAAUUGUUGGUUCCGCCCACCCAUCUGGGAAAACUUAAUUAUGAAGGUUGUAUUUGCAGAGGACAGAAGCGUUACUCGUUUGUCUCUUCAUGUCUUCCAGGUUUACCUUGCAGAUUAUGGACUUUCUUACAGAUAUUGUCCCAAUGGGAACCACAAACAGUAUCAGGAAAAUCCUAGAAAAGGCCAUAAUGGGACGAUAGAGUUUACCAGCUUGGAUGCCCACAAGGGAGUAGCCCUGUCCAGACGAAGUGACCUUGAAAUCCUCGGCUACUGCAUGCUGCGAUGGUUAUGUGGAAAACUGCCAUGGGAACGGGACCUGAAGGACCCUCUGGCUGUCCAGACCGCUAAGACAAAUCUGCUGGAUGCGCUCCCCGAGUCGGUGCUGAAGUGGGCUCCCCCUGGGAGCAGCUGCUGUGAAAUAGCCCGAUUUAUGGAGUGCGUUCAUAGUUUAGCAUACGAUGAAAAGCCAAACUAUCAGAUGCUCCAGAAGAUUCUGAACCCAGGUGGAAUGCCUCUUGGGCCACUGGAAUUUUCCACUCACAGACACGGCGUACGUGUGCAUCCUCCAGACAAUCCAAAAGUUGAUUCACGAAAGGCUGCAACAAAGCAGGUCAAUCCGAUGCAAAAUCGGUUAAUAGAGAAAAAAGUUCACAGCGAGAGACGAGCCGAGUCCUGUGCCACACGGAGACGAGGGCAAGGAGAAGAGAAGCUGAGUGAAUUGACUGACAGUGGAGCUGCUCAGGGAAGUACAAGGAGAAGACAAAAAUAUCACGAGCCUCAAGAACACUGGAAUGAAGUAAAAAGUUCCUUGCAAAAAUCUAGCUGUAUACAACCCCUAAAUUCAUUCUACAAAUACCAUCAAGAUUUUACCACUCCAGAUAUAAACAACAAAUCAGCAUCUGCAAACUGGUAUACGUAUGACACCUCCACGGUUGGUACGAGGGUCACAGAGUUAGAAAGUUCUCUAGGAUGUUGGCCUACAAUUUCCCAGUUUACUCUCAGUGAAGAGAUGAAGACAAGUGUGUACUUUUACAGCUUACUCAUACUUUUCCUUUUGAUGUUAAUAUUUCUUGCUUUAUAUUUUCUCUGAAGAUAUGCAAUAAAAUCCUUUUGGUAAUUUUCAAAGAUUCCAUUUUCUUCACACAAAUGUUGCCUUCUUAUUUCAGGGCUUCCUUCCAGACAUUUUCAGCGUCAUUGGCUUAUAAAAAGAGAGAAUUCAUUUUAACAAAGCAAAUUUUUGGACACUCUAAAAAUAAAAUUGCUUUAUACUAGAAAAAGUGGCAUGUUACAGUUUGGAAAAUGCUUGUGUGAGUUUCAGCUCAGCUAGGAUACCUGGGAAAAUGGCUGACCUUUUUUUAAUCAAAGGGGCAAUUUGAAAAUUAUAAUGUUAUUGAUAAAGACAAUAUAUCUUAUGGAAACUUUUUUUCUUACUACCUUUUAAACACACAGAAUAAUAGAAAUUUUAAAAGUUUUAGAUAAGUUGAUAUGCUAUAUAUAUAUCUGUCUUCUAAAACUCAUUAGAAGCAGCUAGGCACACACUGUCAAAUACGACGAACACCUUCUUACCUUACUACAUUAUGGACAGUCACCAAAUA